UGUGUUGAGAGGGAACCCUGAGUUGGGGUUGGCCAGAAGAUGACGGAAUACAAGCUCGUAGUGGUUGGAGCCGGUGGCGUUGGGAAAAGUGCUUUGACUAUUCAACUUAUCCAGAACCAUUUUGUUGAUGAAUACGAUCCUACAAUAGAGGAUUCUUACAGAAAGCAAGUAGUCAUUGACGGAGAGACCUGUUUGUUGGACAUCUUGGACACAGCAGGCCAAGAGGAGUACAGUGCCAUGCGAGACCAGUACAUGCGAACAGGAGAAGGCUUUCUUUGUGUCUUUGCCAUUAACAACACCAAGUCCUUUGAAGACAUCCAUCAGUACAGGGAGCAGAUCAAGAGGGUGAAAGACUCCGACGAUGUCCCCAUGGUGCUGGUGGGGAACAAGUGUGACCUUCCUGCCCGAACUGUGGAGACACGGCAAGCCCAAGAGCUGGCCCGCAGCUAUGGGAUCCCCUACAUAGAGACGUCAGCCAAAACGAGACAGGGAGUCGAAGAUGCCUUCUACACUUUAGUGCGAGAGAUCCGGCAGCACAAGCUACGCAAGCUGAACCCCCCGGAUGAAAGUGGUCCGGGCUGCAUGAAUUGUAAAUGUGUGAUCUCAUGACGAAGCUGACCGGAACGUGACUUUGGAGGGGGUUUUGGCCGUGUGCGUAGUGUGAAAACGGAGGUGAUGUCAAAGAAAAACCAAAUGGAUCCAAGAGAAGGGGACAGGUGACCAGUGGUGUCUUCAGGUCCUAAGAGCUCACAGACUGUCUCAACACUUCACCAAGGCCUGCAACGUUUCAAAAACAAACACAAACCUCCCCUCACCUCCCCUCCCCCUUCCCGUCUGGCAACUUGUACAAAGUCCACAGAUUGAAUCAAAGUAAAUUAUUCUACAGUGGUCUCGACACUGGUCUCUGCAGCUGUCCGUAUUCCAGCAGGUUUUGCUGCCUUCCGGAGCAGCAGGCAUCAGCGGAGGGGAGAGAAGCGCCAUGCAGAGCAGGGACAGGAGUUCUUCCUUCCACCUGUUGGGCACUAAUAGCGGAAGGGUGGCAACGACCGGCUGACAAAGAAGCCUGUUUAGAAAGUUGAGGAAACCUGGUCUCUUCUGGUCUGAAUGGCUCCCGGACUGCAGCCGGAGACUGGUGCCUUUGUCUCUCAGGAGGAGGGGCUCGUUGUCAUCUGCAGAACAUUGGGCCUUUUUUUGGAAGGUUCCGCCAAGACGCUCCACCUGGCCAUCCUCUACUGGAGGGGAGAACUGUAUGCUCCCCAAGUGCUCUCAACCGUCAUCUGUGGCCGUGAGGGGGACACACCAAGAUACCUCUUUAUAAAACAGUUUCCACGCGAAUCUCAGAUCUCUGAUCCCAGAUCUUUGUCCAUUCCCCC